AUGGCCGAGCGCGGAGCAGGGGCUUUCCCGGAGCCCAGAGAGGACGCAUCUCCCCGCGCCAGCUGCCGCUCUGAGGAGGGCCCCGAUAGUGAGGAGGUAUCUGAGGGCCCCGAUAGUGAGGAGGUAUCUGAGGGCCCCGAUAGUGAGGAGGAAUCUGAGGGCCCCGAUAGUGAGGAGGUAUCUGAGGGCCCCGAUAGUGAGGAGGUAUCUGAGGGCCCCGAUAGUGAGGAGGUAUCUGAGGGCCCCGAUAGUGAGGAGGUAUCUGAGGGCCCCGAUAGUGAGGAGAUAUCUGAGGGCCCCGAUAGUGAGGAGGUAUCUGAGGGCCCCGAUAGUGAGGAGGUAUCUGAGGGCCCCGAUAGUGAGGAGGUAUCUGAGGGCCCCGAUAGUGAGGAGGAAUCUGAGGGCCCCGAUAGUGAGGAGGUAUCUGAGGGCCCCGACAGUGAGGAGGGAUCUGAGGGCCCCGACAGUGAGGAGGGAUCUGAGGGCCCCGACAGUGAGGAGGUAUCUGAGGGCCCCGAUAGUGAGGAGGUAUCUGAGGGCCCCGAUAGUGAGGAGGUAUCUGAGGGCCCCGAUAGUGAGGAGGUAUCUGAGGGCCCCGACAGUGAGGAGGGAUCUGAGGGCCCCGACAGUGAGGAGGUAUCUGAGGGCCCCGACAGUGAGGAGGUAUCUGAGGGCCCCGACAGUGAGGAGGUAUCUGAGGGCCCCGAUAGUGAGGAGGAGGAAUCUGAGGACCCCGAUAGUAAUGAGGAAGCUGAGGACCCCAAUAGUGAGGAGGUAUGGGGGGGCCCCUAUAGUGAGGAGGAAUCUAAGGACCCCCACCCACAGAAGGAGGAAUCUGAGGACCCUGAUAGUGAGCAGGAAUCUGAGGACCCCGAUAGUGAGCAGGAAUCUGAGGACCCCGAUAGUGAGCAGGUAUCUGAGGACCCCGAUAGUGAGCAGGUAACUGAGGACCCCGAUAGUGAGCAGGUAUCUGAGGACCCUUAUAGUGAGCAGGUAACUGAGGACCCCGAUAGUGAGCAGGUAUCUGAGGGCCCUGAUAGUGAGGAGGAAUCUAAGGACCCCCACCCACAGAAGGAGGAAUCUGAGGACCCCGAUAGUGAGCAGGAAUCUGAGGACCCCGAUAGUGAGCAGGAAUCUGAGGACCCUGAUAGUGAGCAGGAAUCUGAGGACCCCGAUAGUGAGCAGGUAUCUGAGGACCCUUAUAGUGAGCAGGUAACUGAGGACCCCGAUAGUGAGCAGGAAUCUGAGGACCCCGAUAAAGAGCAGGAAUCUGAGGACCCCGAUAGUGAGCAGGUAUCUGAGGACCCUUAUAGUGAGCAGGUAACUGAGGACCCCGAUAGUGAGCAGGAAUCUGAGGACCCCGAUAAAGAGCAGGAAUCUGACGACCCCGAUAGUGAGGAGGAAUCUGCAGGCCCCCGAUAG